GUCUAAACUUACUUCAUUUCAGAAUCUACAUGCUUAGCUAAUCCAAAACUAUCAAUUUCUAUCUCUCCUCGCGUGACGGCGACAAUGUUAGUCGUCUAUCGACCCCUUGAGUCUUUUUGAAUGAUAUAAUGCCAGUAAUGACUUGGUUUUUUGUGUGCUAUUAUUGAAUUUUGCGACUAUCUGGUUAUUUUGGAGUUGAAAUUGCAUUGCAAGUCAUAACGCUCUAAUUGACUACUAUCUUUGCCACGCAUUUGUCGGGUUCUGCCACCGCGAUGUGUAGUCACUACAACCUGGAUUGCAUCAAAGCGCAGGACCUGGCCAACUGGGCGGAGGGUCUGGAAGCUCCUUUGAACUCGUACGCUCCCAAGUUCCUGGAGACGAGGAGUGGCAAUUUGGCGUCUCUGCUGACAGAUGAUGAGUUGGUGGGGCGAAGUGUGGUGAACAAGAUUGGACACCUGAUCAACAUGCGGGAGAAGCUGUCGACUCUAGUGCGGGUGCUGUACGAUGUCAAGGACGAAACAGUGGAGAGCUUAGUGAUGAAGUACCAGAGAGGUGCGAGGUCUUUGGAGACGAUUAUUCUGAGAAAGCGGUAUGAAUUCGCCCCACAACAAGUACAUUCGGCCACUCGAGCUACCGUCCCAAAUAAUGUGCUGAGUCAUGUGUGCGACAUGUUAGCAACUGGCCGAGAGAUCUGCUCGUGGCUGAUCAAGGCGCCCUUCAAUGAGAGUAGAAGCUAUAUUGAUCUAGCAGAGACGUUCAUGGUGACCAAUAAAGCAAUCGGUUACUGCGUUGUUGGUGAUCGAUGGACGGCAGAACUGGAAGAAGAUCUGGCUAAAAAGUGCAGAGACAUCCAAGAGCUAUGUCGGGACUUCCUGGACGAUUGCACAGACUCAUCCAUCAUAACCCCCGCGUUUCUAGAGCAGGUUUGCCUCAAGAGGAAGAACCCCUCAGAAAAACUGGGACUCAUGUUCAAACUGUCAUUGGAGGGCAUUCACGUAGUCUCCGGAAUCAGGCCCAACACGCCAGCUGCUCACGUAAAUGCCAAACUGGACAUUUUUGACGAGAUUGUUCAGAUUGACUACACAUGUGUCACGAACUGGACAUUGGAUAGUAUUCUGAAUAAGUUCAAAGCGGCAAAUCCUGCUGAAGUUUUUUUGACUUUACGCAAGCGACCAAGGCACAUGAGUAUGGACCACCAAUUGCGACGAAUGAAGACUCUUUGUCCCCCUGAUGCUCAAAAACAGGCCAAGAGAAGAUCAAGAAAGUCUACUAUUGAGUCGUUUAACAAACAACCCAGUGCUUCAACGAGUGUCCCUUUAUCGUCCGUUAUUUCGCCCAAAAAGAUUUCAACGGCAGCUGAAAGUAGUCGAGGCUCUUUUUUGAAUCAACAAGACGCGAGGAAGGGUUCCGAUGCGUUGUCAUCCUCACACAAUCGGUCUUCGGUAAACCGAACCAGCUUAAGUGCAAAAUUGGGAUCGCUUAAGCGCAGAUCGUCAUCGGCGCAGUCGUUACUGAAGGACUCGGAAGAAAAGGUUAAACCAAUCAUAACAGUUGCCAAGCCAAUAGUAGCAGCACCUAGUGCGUUCAGAGAGGAAGUGUUGCCGAGCGUGAGUUCUUGCGAUCCAAGUACAUCAUCAGGUGCUUUGAGCAGUGACCAGGACUCGCAGUCGGGUUCCCAGACACAGUCGGCAGUCAUCCAGCCUGUCCAAGAGAAACACACAGUAAUUGAUCGGCGUGUGUCGAUAAAGGACUUAGGCGAGACAGAAAUCAGUGGCAAUUUGAACCGGAAAAAAGCAGAAAACGACUGGGUUUGCUCGUAUUGCGUAAUCAAAAAUGGUUUCUUUUACGUGUUCGCUUCACCGAAAGCAGAAAAAGCAGACGUCGUUGUUCAUUUAAAGGCUGUCGAUGUCGAAAAAACUGAACAGCAGGAUAACUUCAAGUUCGUUUUCACAAUGAAUUUUUGUCACCAACAGAAAAAGUUCGUUUUUGCGGCAGAAAAUCGUCUUGAUCUUGGUCACUGGGUGAACAACUUACACACUGCCAAGCUACUUCUAAACAGUAAAAAAUCGAGCGUAGCUGUCAGAAACACUCUUGCUGUAGAAACAGAAAUCGAUGAAUGUUUAGUUACAGAAAAUUACAGUUUUGAUAAAUCGAUUCAGGAGGGUUUUGAAAACUUCUCGGAAACGGAUGACGAAGAAGAGCCGUCUGAAAAGCCUGGAAGCAGGUUUGAAAAAAGCAGCGAGUCGCUGGAUAUGUUGAAGUAUUCUUUUUUGUCUUCAUCGGGUCAUAGUCCAUUCUCCAGAAGCUCGACCCUCGAGGAAUCGGCAGCCGCUGGAUUACCAUUGCCAGCCGUCCUAGCGCCCACAACAGGAUCCGAUAACCCCUCGAAUCAGAAUUUGACUUUGAUGCCACUUGGCUUAGCGAUUCCUGGAUCAAGUGAUAGUGUUCAUCGGACAAGAAGCUCCGAAACUACUUUUGAAUCUGAGUUAAUGGAGUCGACCCAAAGUGUGAAGUUAGUUUUGACUUCGGAGAUCAAUGAGGAAUCUGCUGUUAAAGUAUGGGAAGAGCCAAGAACAGAAAUGGAUAGAUUGAAAAGUAAGCUGCGAGCUCUCGAAAGGAAACUAUUGGCUAAACAAGUUGACCUAGAGAAGAUAGAAAGGUUAAUUAAGGUUGGGCAAACCGACCCUUCGCAGUUACUGUUGUCGCCAGUGUAUCAUGAAGAAACUUCAGGAUUGACUUGGAACGCACCAGAUGAAGAAGAGCAAAGUACUGUUGACACCGAAUUAUAAUUUGCCAACCUUUAUAACUAAUUAACCGAGUUGUAACUUCCCACUCAAUCUAUCCCCAAAAACAGAUGUGGCCAAUGGCCAAAUGUGAAAUAGUGUUAUAGAUUGUUUAUCAAACCAGAAUAAAAUUUUUCGCAGAUCUUAAAAUUUAUCAAGUUUACUCAUUUACUAUUGAUUUUUUUUCAAAUAAAACUUCAACAAAUUUUAUAAAUUAGUCGGCUUCAAUAUGACUCAAAUGUGAAUCAAGAACAGUUUUUGACAGAUGUGUUUUGAGUAUAUCACGGAACUCAGCUUUGAACUACUAGAAAGUUAAAAAGAGUCUAAUAGUUUUUGGAGCAUAAAUGCUUCGAGUUGUUUCUAUUCCUUGCCUCAAUUUGUUUAAUUCAUAUGAUAGAAACAUAUACCAUUCUAAAAACUAAAAAGUAUCAGUUGUUUUAAAAAACAGACAGUUUUUCAAAAAAAAAGUUACAAAUGAACAAAAUUACCCCUUUUGCAGAAUUGGAAAUGGCUCGAAAAUACCCGCGAAAGAACCGAAAAAAGCUCAAGUGGUUUGACCCCUUCAAUAGAAAUAAACCCCUCGAAGUUUUCGCAGACAGUGACAAUGAAUCUCCCUCCAAAGUAUCUGGAUUGUCUAAGAAGAAAAAGCACAGAACUGCUCAGAAAACUUCGAAAACUAGUUUGGAACAGGAGGUACCUCGUAACUUCAAAUUGUUCAUGAAGGGAAUACAAAUUCACGAAGACGACGAAAAGAAAAAAGAGGAAGCGAAGAAGAAACUUCUGUUCACACCUGUUGGGAAAAAUGUAGCUAAAGAGCUGAACAGACGGAAGUCAAGGAAGAUCUCUUCGCUUGAGCAAUGGCGGAUCGAUUCUAGACAGGAGCGCAAAGAAGACAAAGAACUUGAUCACGCGGAAAAAGAGUACUUCAAAGAUUCAUUCCAGCUGAACGAAAGAGUCGAUGCACCUCCGUCAGAGUUGAAAACACCUGUUUGUAAAUUUAAAAGUCGGCCUUUUCAGACCGUAACUCCAAUGAAAUCUAUUUCGCUUUCGGCCAAGAAGUUAAUAAGUUCAGUUAAAAGUGACGUAAAGUUCAAACGUAGGAAGCCUGAUUCCAAAAUUACCACAGUUAUGCCGACGGACUCAAACGCAGACGAAUUAUCUCAAGAGCGUGAAAGAGUGGUGAAAGCGUACCGGGAGUUGAAAUGGAGCAAAACAAGAGCGGCGGCUCUGAUGAAAAUGGACACUCAGUCGAUGACUCCUGUUGAAAUUUGAAAGCACGCGAGGUCUGCAUAAAUCGAUGAGUUCUCCCAUGAGUUUCGAUGAGUUCCUAGAGCAACUGGAGAAGUGACCAAUUGCAGGAGGUCUCUCCAUCCUAUUGUGUUCGUCUAAAACUUCAUUUUAAUAAAUAAAUUUCAUUUUUGUUUUAAUAAAGAAAAUACAAUAAAUUUAUUCGAUUGAA